CUUUGAUCAUAGCUUCACUCUAUGGGCGGAUAUACGUAAGAUUCUUCACGAGAUAACUAUUCAUAGAAGACUGUAUGAUCCAUAAAACUUACCUUGACAGUUGUGUGGUACUUAGGCAUUUCUAACGGGUGAUAGAUUUGCUGGUUAUGAUAUACGUAUGAUAUACCCUUCAUGGCGCAUUUGGCGUGUUUCCUAACUGAUCCUUCUGGAUAUAGGCAGUCAAUAUGGUCACCUUUGCUUUUUCCUACCGCAUGCUUAGCUCUCCGGGCGCAUUCGUUCAUCAAUGGGAUGUCCGCAUGUCAGCACUCAUCUCAUUCCUUUGGGUAGGGAACAAUGAUAUAUCAUACGUACCUAUAUUCGCAGACUUACGAAGAACAGAAUGUCUGGUUCACAUCCAACCCACAACUCUUCAGUCUCACGUUCGUCAAAAUUGUAAUCCUCCUGGAAUGGAUUCGUAUCUUUGUUCCAAGAGGUACCCGCAACUUCGUUUUCUGGGCCAGCUACUCUAACCUGGCCUGCACGCCACACCAGUAUACCUGGAAUAUAUUCAUCAGCGGAAAAUGCAGCCGCGCCAAUACUGGUACGGAAAACUUGAUGAUAUCAGUUGUCAGUUUAUCAACAGAUGUAUUUGCCUUUCUCAUCCCUCAAAAGGCUAUCUGGAAAUUGCAAACGUCGACCAACAGGAAGGCCACAAUCUCGGCCAUAUUCGCCGCGGGUAUCGUAGCUGUCGCUGCUGCAUCUGCUCGCUUAGCCAUGGCGCUUAUUCUUGGUCACUGCCCUGAUUUCACUUACCACAGCACUUCGGUGAUACUAUGUGGAUUAGCAGAGAUGACUUGCGCAUUUCUAGUCAUAUGUAUACCAGCACUACCCAAGGCUUUCACAUACACGAAAACUUCUGAGGCGAUAUCAUCAUUAUACUCUUGGGUGCGCAUGCAAACAUUGCGAAAAUCGAGCAAAGGAGGCACCAGUCGUAAAUGGCCACGGCGCGAGACUACACAGUGAUAGCUCGAUAAACCUAUCGAUGCACAAAUACGUGGGAUCA